AUGACCUCCCAAGCCCUCGUAAUCGGCAUAUCCGGCCCCUCCUCCAGCGGCAAAACGACUCUCGCCCGCUUACUCCAGCGCAUCUUCUCCCCGACACUCUCCAAGACAUUUAUCGUCCAUGAGGAUGAUUUCUAUGUUCCUGAUAAUCAGAUACCGUACACAACAACCCCCUCCGGCAAAACGCUGCAAGACUGGGACUGUGUCGAGGCACUCGACAUCAAUCACCUCAGUAAAGCACUUGUACAUAUCCACAGCACGGGGUCGCUCCCGGAGAAUCUGAAGAGUAUCCAGGAUCUCAAUGAGGAGGCUGAUUCGGGAGUUAGUCUUGAGACCGUUCAACGGUUGAGGGGGUAUGUUGAGGGACGGUUAUCUACUUCCUCUACGGGUAAGAGUGAGGGUGGUGGGAGGAAGCGGACGUUGGCAUUUCUAGAAGGAAUCCUUCUGUACGCGCCUGAACCCGAUAAAGGACAUCUUCUUCGUCCUGUACAUGAUAAUAUCGAUGUGCGAUUAUUCCUCCCCGCCGCGUAUGAAGAUGUCAAGACAAGAAGAGAGGCGAGAUCGGGGUAUGUGACGUCUGGACCUGCGCAGGAACCGCCGCUGCCGCAGAGGAAUUCGGCGUCGGAUGGGAGUGGGGAAGGAGGGGAGGGUCAGCAGACUUUUUGGGAGGAUCCGCCAGGGUAUGUGGAUGAUAUCGUCUGGCCGCAUUAUGUGCGGGAUCAUGCGUGGCUGUUGGUGCCGGAGGGUGAGCAGGAUGUGGAUACCGUGGAAUUGGUUAAAAAGGCAGGGAGUGGGACGAAUGUGAGGACGGAUGUUGGGAUUGCUGUUGCUCCGGGACAGGGGAGUAGACCUAUGACUGAUAUUUUGACUUGGGCUGUGGAGGAAGUGUUGAGGUGCUGGGAACAUGUACAAUAG